AGUGCAACAAUGAUUAUGUUCCUGUGUGUGGCUCCAACAAUGAAAACUACGAAAAUGAGUGUUUUCUGCGGAGAGACGCCUGCAAACAGCAGACUGAGAUCCUGGUUGUGUCUGAAGGAUCCUGUCCAGCCGAUGCUGGUUCGGGAUCAGGAGAUGAAGCAGGGAACGAGGGUUCAGCGGAGAACGGACAGAAGGAGACAUCCACCUGUGACAUUUGUCAGUUCGGGGCAGAGUGUGACGUGGAUGCAGAAGAUGUUUGGUGCGUGUGUAACAUCGACUGCUCCCACAUCAGUUUUAACCCUGUGUGCGCAUCAGACGGCCGUUCAUAUGACAACCCAUGCCAGGUAAAAGAGGCGUCGUGUCAGCGACAGGAGCGCAUCGAGGUCAAGUUCCUGGGUCACUGUCAGGGCGACAUGAUUACAGGCACCAAAGCCGGAGAUGGACAGUAUGCCAGGACAGACUACACAGAGGAGAAGCCUGAGGUUUCAGAGGUGGCAAGGGGUCUGUACAUCCCCUGCCCUGAGCACUACAAGAACUAUUGUGUUCAUGGAGACUGUGAAUAUCCCAACAUGCUCUCAACACCGUCCUGCAGCUGUCACUCAGGAUUCAGCGGGCCGCAGUGUGACACUAAGGAGUAUAAUGUGCUAUAUGUGGUGCCAGGCUCUGGAAAGCUCCGCUAUGUCCUCAUCGCGUCCGUCAUUGGUGCUCUGCAGGUGGCCAUCAUAUGUGUAGUGGUGCUGUGUAUCACCCGGAAGUGCCCGCGGACCAACAGAAUCAACCGACAGAAGCAGAACACAAUGCACUACAACUCUGAAAACACCCUGCGCGCCUCCACCCGCCUCAUCUGA